CCGACUGCUGGAGAUAAAGAGAUCCAAGUUGAGAAUAGAUUAUAAUCACAUCAAAAAAAUCUUGUUAAUUUUCCAGCAUAAUCACCUUGACAUUCAAUCCAAUAUGUACUUGUUUUCGCUAUUAAUAUCUCUUGAGAUCCUCACACUUAGCCUAGCGUCCCUUCAGCAACCUCUUAUAGCAGAAAAGGAUCAAUCGCAAACACCAUUGAAUGAUGCCUUCGACGACAAGGUUGAAUGGGCACUCGAGCAUUUCCAGAUCCCUGGCGUAGGAAUUGCAGUAGUUCGAGAUAAUGAGAUCUUUACUAAAGGCUAUGGUCUGUCAGACAUUGAAGCCUCACAGCGAGUGACUGGACACACUCUCUUCUUCGCUGGGAGCACCUCAAAAGCUCACACGGCAGCUGCCAUCUCACUACUCAUUGACGACAAUGUAAACUAUCCAGAGAUCCAAUGGGACACUACCAUCCAUUCUCUCCUUCCUGCAGACUUUGGUUUGAGUGAUACCUGGUCCACGGCCCACACGACCAUUGUCGAUAUGCUAUCACACCGUUCAGGUCUUCCUCGCCAUGACUGGGUCUUGAAGGCAAACCUCACUCUCCAGGAAGUCGUCCAGUCGAUGAAAUAUCUCCCUCUCACGGCUUCCCCGCGCACACAAUGGCAAUACUGUAACCUUAUGUACAGCACAGCGGCGCACCUCAUAGAGACUAAGACAAACCAGUCACUAUAUUCUUUUCUGGCUCGGAAUCUGUGGGGACCAUUAAACAUGUCGGAGACGUACCUCUCACUCUCUCAUGCACAGGCUGCGCAUAGGGAUAUAUCUCAGGGGUACUCUGUAGAUUUUGAUGGCAAUAUCAUUCCCACCAACAGAGUCUAUUCGGAGACAGUCCGCGGAGCAGGAAACAUCCUUACGUCUGCGGCAGACUAUGCAAAAUGGAUCUCCGCUAUCUUGCAUCGCAGAUCACCUGUUUCAGAAGAAAACUACGCCAUGCUUCUAGGUGCCCAUUCAAUUGUGCGCCCCAAUGUGGCUGAACCAUUUCAGUCACCCGAGCUGUAUGGCCUAGGAUGGUUGUUGCAGACCUACGGUGGCCAGAUGCUGGUUUCCCAUGACGGAGCACAAUAUGGUUAUGGGGCAUCCGUGGUUCUCGUGCCGUCACGCAAGUUUGGGCUUGCUAUAUUGGGAAAUUACAUGGUUGGGACCAUUGCGGCGGCAGAUAUCCUUGCUUAUCAUCUUAUUGAUGAGGAAUUGGGUAUACCUGUUCAAGAGCGGUUCGAUUGGCGUUCAAGAGCCGAUGCGAUGAUCAACCAAACUCACCUACCGGACAACAUUAUUUCACUACUCUACCCAACAGUUCCCGACCCUCCACUGCCGAAUCCCCUUAAACUCUCCGCCUACGAGGGUAUCUAUUCUCACCCAGCCUACCCAGACCUUAAUAUUUCUACCAACUGUCCCAAACGUAGUGCUCCAAUUCCUUCAACUUUGAACAAGACCUCCCCGGAUCUCUGCGGCUCGGUCGUCAACAGCAACGAAUAUACUAAGGAUACAGUCUUCGGCUUGUAUCAUAUCACAGGUACGUUUUGGGUCCAGAUUGCCGACUUCUGGGAACUUAAUACCGCGACCCGCGUUGAGUUCCAGUUGAGUUCUGACGGUUCGGUGAACUUGAUGGGAAUCGAAGCCGAAGAUGCCAUGACAGCCAAAGGAGAGAAGAUCUGGUGGAAGCAUACCUAGUUUUUGAUCUUCAAUGUAAACUGGUACCUAUUUCAGGGUAGCUGGGCAUAUGAUGUGGCCACUGAUACACCUAUUACUGCUGAUCUGAUAAUACGAAUAUUAUGAACGCCAUCAUCUAUAUGCUCUUUGUCUGCCUGGAGUCAGACAUGUCCCUAGGGUUAAUCUGAAGUCUUGCUUCUAGAGUACUAUAUCAAAGCUAGAUAGAUUCUAAAGUCUUUUUCCAGGACUCCGUAUUAAGGGAACUCGUUA